AUGAGUUCCGUUUCUGGAGAAGAUGAAGAGACCAGUUGGCAAGAAAAUAAUGAAUUUUAUAAUUGGGUACGACAAAAUAUUAUAGCUUUCCUUUUAUUUCUUACCAAAUAUGCCAUAUCCUAUUCCCUAUUACAACGAUUUCGUAGAAAGUAUAGGGAUACUUCUGAUUCGAUAACCUCGAUAACCGAAGAUGAAGAUGAAGAUUUAUUUGGUAUUGAUAAUUUGAUAAUUAUUGUGCUAUGUGCUGCAGGAUUGGCAAUGGCAUUAGCUGGUUUCUCUUUAUUACCUUUUACAAUGAUCGCCACGGAAUUAUUACAUGAUGAUUUACAUAAUCGAAAUUAUUAUUUGAGUUGGUUAAAUAUCAAAUUAUUAGAAACUUUAUGGAAUUAUACUUAUAUAGGAUGUAAUAUAGCUUUAUUUGGAUUACUUCCUUUCGCUUACUUUUAUAAUGAGACUGAUCAACAAAGAACAUUUUUUGCAAAAGCGAGAGAUACUUUAACCAUCAUGUCAUUGGUGGGAUUAUUAAUGUAUGCUUUCAUCUAUGUUUCAAAGAAGAUCUUGGGAAUUGGGAACAUUGAUGAAUUGGUGAUUUUAAAUUUAUUAACAUGCCUAGGGGGAGCUGGAAUAUGUUUGAAAGCGACACCAAAGGGUUAUAUUCAAAUAUUUUCUUGGAUUGGUCGACUUCCUUUACGUCCUAAUUAUCGGAAAUCCUUAAAGAAUCAUUUAAUUCAAAAUGAGAUGGAGAUAAAAGUUUUACAACGUAGAUUAGAAAAUCUUGAACAUGGUUGGAAAUCAAAUAUGGAUAAAAUGUCUCGUUCCACAUCUAUCAUUCCUUUAUCAUCACACUGUUCAUCAUCAUCUGAUAAGUUAAUUAUUGGACAAAAUAUUGGAGCAAAUAGAAGAGAAAUUUUAACAAAACUUAAAAAACUUGAAAUCGAAAGACGUCAAACACAACUUGACUUGGAUCAAUCACCAUUAUAUCGUAAUAUAACUUUCGUUAUUCUUCUUUUACUUAGUCAUUGUAUUUUAUUUCUCUUGUUGGUUCACAUCUUGUGGGCAAUGAUCAAAAGUUUAUUAGUGGCUGAAGGACAAAAGGAUCUUCAUAAAUUGGAAGCAGUUUUUGGUAAACAAACUGUAUCAAUGUUUGGAAAAUUUGGAGUAUUAAGUGAUUUGGGAUUAAUAUUUUAUUUUACUGCCGCAACAAUUAUUGGAGUUUAUUCAAUUAAACCAUUUAAACGAAUUCGUCCUCGUUGGGGUCAAAUGAAUGUUCAACAUAUACUUUCAAAUGUUGCAGUAUUAUUGGUUAUAAGUAGUUCAUGGCCAACCUUAGCAACUAUUUUAGGUUUAACCCGAUUAACAUCUGCUGGUCCAUAUGAUCAUUUUCAUAAAUUGAAUGCUGGAUAUUGGUUUGCUUUUGCUUUUCGUGUGGGAACCCUUAUAACUUCAAUGUUGACAGAUAACGAAACUCCUCUUACCGCUCUUCCCAUUACCACCACCACCAUUUCUUCCAAUACUUCUAUUAAUACUACUUCAAUUGAUACCAAACCUACACCUCUCUUUUUUAAACUUUCAAAAAAAGAAAUUGAAACUUAUAUUAAAAAUGUUAAAACCAUUGAUUAUACGAUAGUGGAAAGUAACUUUUUAGAAUGUUCCGAAUACGUUAUGAAAAAUAUUCUUGAUUGGGAAAAGGAAGAUUUGGAAUUUACGCAAUGUAAAGACGGAAUCACUAAUAUGUUGAUAAAAUGUUCUAAUAAAAAAUCACAAAAGUCGCCAGUAUUAAUUCGAACUUAUGGUAAUAAAACUGAAAUGAUCAUAGACAGAAAUCAAGAAAUUAUGAACAUGGUGGCAUUAUCUAAACUUGGAUUAGCGGCUCCAUUAUGGGGUCGAUUCAAUAACGGACUUGUAGCUGGAUACAUACCGGGUCACGUGUUCACAGUGGAAGAUUUGAGGGAUCCACAUAAAUCAUCCCUGGUAGCUAAAAAUAUGGGGAUUUGGCAUGUGAAGAGAAUAUAUAAGGAUAAAGAAAUCAAGGGUAUUAAUAUAGAUGUACUCGAUGAAGAAUUAAUAAGUCUAGAGAAGGAAUUAUUAAAAUUAAAUUCACCAAUUGUAUUUAGUCAUAACGAUCUUCUAAAUGCCAAUAUUAUAUAUGAUAAUGGAUUAGAUAAAGUUACCUUUAUUGAUUAUGAAUAUUCAAAUUAUGGGUAUGCCUAUUUUGAUAUAGCCAACCAUUUUAAUGAAUUUGGAGAAAUAAAUGAAUUAUAUCGUAAUGUCAACAAAUUUUCAUUAGCUUCUCAUCUAUACUGGCUUUGUUGGGCUCUCAUCCAACAUCACUUAUCAACGUUAGAAUUUGAUUAUAUGAAUUAUGCUUUAUUAAGAUUUAAUGAAUAUUAUAAAAAGAAAAAUGAAUUCUUGAAAUUAUAA